GCUUGGGAAACAAGGACGGAGUGGUGGAAUCACAUCGUCAUGCACUGUAUUAGUUGCUUUCCUUCAGCCAGUAUGAUGAGACUUCGGAUUUCCAGCACUAUUGUUGUAGUUUUCCUUAUGAUUCAGACUGGAUUCUUACUAUUUAUGUAUGCUCGACGUAGCAGCUUCAUGCCUCAGUCUGAAGAGAAGCCAUCUCGGGUGCACAUCCUUAUUCUCUCUUCCUGGAGGUCAGGAUCUUCCUUCGUUGGCCAACUGUUUAGCCAACACCCUGAUGUCUUCUACCUGAUGGAACCUGCCUGGCAUGUGUGGGUAACGAUGUACCAGAACAGUGCCAAAGUCUUACAUAUGGCUGUUAGAGACCUAGUCAGGUCUGUCUUCAAGUGUGACAUGUCUGUGUUUGAUGCCUACAUGCCUUGGAAGAGAAAUUUGUCCGAUCUGUUCCAGUGGGCAGUGAGUCGGGCACUCUGUUCAGCUCCUGCCUGUGAUUCCUUUCAACGCACCGACAUUACCAAUGAAAUGGCCUGCAAGACCCUUUGUGGCAAGUACCCAUUCAGCAAGGUGGAGGAAGCUUGCAAGACCUAUAGCCACAUUGUCCUCAAGGAGGUCCGGUUCUUUGAUCUGACAGUUCUCUAUCCCCUUCUCACUGACCUCUCCCUGAAUCUCAAAAUCAUUCACUUAGUGCGUGAUCCCAGAGCUGUUGCCAAGUCACGAGAACAAUCAGUAAAAGCCUUAGCUCGUGACAAUGGGAUUGUUCUGAGCACCAAUGGCACUAAAGUGGAGGACAGCAAAUAUAAAGUAAUGCAGGAAAUUUGUAGAAGUCAUGUCCAGAUUUAUGAAACAGCUACUCAAAAACCUCCAAGAUUUCUAAAAGAUCGCUAUUUGAUGAUCCGUUUUGAAGAUCUGGUACAAGAUCCCUUAUCAGAAAUCAGAGACAUGUAUACAUUUGCAGAUCUUAGACUGACCCCCAGACUUGAAAGCUGGAUCUAUAAUAUCACACAUGGCCAGGGACCAGGAAAGAAAAGGGAAGCCUUCAAAAUCACCUCCCGAGAUGCAGUUAAUGUUUCCCAGGCCUGGAGGAAUAUUCUUUCCUUCCAGAAAAUUAAGAAAGUACAAGAAGUCUGCAAAGGUGCUAUAAAUAUGCUUGGCUAUAAACUUCUGGAUUCUGAGAAAGAGCAAAAAGAUUUGUCAUUAGAUUUAGUGUUGCCAAGACAAAGAAACCAGUUCAGUUGGUCAUCAUUUAAUCCGAAAAACUAA